GCUUUCAUCAUUUCUGAGGUAUACGAGUCCCAAGUCCACGCUUUCACUGUCAAGCUCCAAGAUAAAUUGCUCUGAACAUGUUCUUCGCCCGGGUAGCAUUUCUCCUUGCUUUAGCAGUUCUCCUUGCUUCUGGAGCCACUCUUCCUCCUGAUGAAGUGAGAGCUUUGCAGCAAAUUGCUGGGACAUUAAGGAAGACGGACUGGAAUUUCAGUGUGGAUCCAUGCAGUGGACAGCAAAACUGGAGUACUCCUAAUCCCAUAGAAACUCAGAAUGCGGUUACUUGUGAUUGUUCCUUCUUCAAUCACACAGUUUGCCAUGUUGUCAGCAUAAUACUCAAAGCUCAGAAUCUUCCGGGAUCGUUGCCGCCAGAAUUGAUCAAGCUCCCGUAUCUCCGAGAAAUUGAUCUAACACGCAACUACCUUAAUGGUACAAUACCACGGGAAUGGGGUUCCAUGCAACUUGUCAACAUUUCCCUGCUUGGAAACCGUAUAUCAGGGUCAUUGCCAAAAGAACUUGGAAAUAUCAGCACCUUAGUCAAUCUAACUGUUGAAUUCAAUCAGUUGUCUGGAACUAUUCCUCCAGAGCUUGGGAAUCUCACUCUCAUAGAAAAAAUACAUUUAACCUCAAACAAUUUCACUGGCGAGUUGCCUGGAACGCUAGCUAGGUUGAUCACUUUGAAGGACUUUCGCAUUGGCGAGAACCAGUUCCUAGGAAGUAUACCUAAUUUCAUUCAGAGUUGGACAAACCUUGAGAAACUAGUGAUACAGGCUAGUGGUCUAAGUGGGCCAAUGCCAUCUGGCAUCGCUUUCUUGACAAAAUUAACUGACCUGAGAAUCAGUGAUUUGAAUGGAAAUGACACAAAUUUUCCCCCACUUAGUGCGGCAACUAAUAUGAAGACGCUGAUAUUAAGGAGUUGCAAUAUUGUUGGGCAGCUACCAGGGUUUCUUGGCUCAUUUAAAAAAUUGAAACUCUUGUGAGUAGAUUUAGUUCCUUA